GGCUGGGCCCAGCUGGAAAGGGGGGAGGAGGAAGAGGCUGUGAAGAGGGGGGGUGAUGAGGUCAUCCUGUGAGCAGGAUAUAAAAGUUUCUUUUCCUCUGGAGCCACACAAGAGGUGACUUUGCUGGUACUCUCAGCAGGCGAGCACAAGGAUCUCUCUCAUUGCCACGGAUACCACAGCCACAUUUUUCGGGAAGCCAAAUUGCUUCUCAGCCUCGAGGUUGCAAUCUCUGCGGUCCCCCAAUUCAGGCAGCUUCUAACCCGCAAACCCACCACCGCAGGCAUUUGCUCCCUGCCUGUUGAGUCCUGCUGUUCCAGAGGACAACUCCAUCUCUCAUCGAGGGGCGUUGCUCGGCUACCCAGUUGUUGCAGAGACCCUUCCCUGGCACCUGUUGCCUAGUAACCAAAGCAGACGUCUCCCAACCACCUGAGGAUGCCAGGAGCCAUGCAAAUCGCGGCGCUGUUUCUGGUAGGGGCCUGGAUCCUGACGCUCUGCCCUCGGGCAUCAUCGACGAGCAUGGGCCACCCUUUGCCCAUACCCCUGAAAGAGAACCGCCUCUCCCCGCAGCCCUCGGGGAGCAGCGCCCCGGCCGUGAACAAAGAGAGGACCUCCCUGCCUGCUUCUGUCAAACCUUCUCAGGAGUAUCUGGAUGAUGAUGAUGAUUACGAGGACUAUCUCCUGACUGUGGAGCCCCGUACCCCUGGCUCCCCGAAGCCCCUCCCUCGCCUUUGCAACUAUAACCACUGCCAACACCUUCAAGUGCCCUGUGUGGAGCUGAGCAGGGCUAGCGAGUGCUUGUGCCCCGGGAUCACCGGCCCAGACCUAGCCCCCGAGCCACCCCGCCUGCAGACUGUUCACGUGAGCGAGACAGGAGCCAGCCUACGCUGGUGUGCACCUUCUUCUACAGUGCAGGAGUAUCGGUUGCAGUAUCAGCCGGUCGGUGGGGCCUUUGUCUCUGGCCCAGCCCUUAACAGCACUUUCCGCUUGAUGGAGGUAUCAGGGCUGCUGCCCAGUCAGGAGUACCUCUUCUGCAUCGUUGCAUCCAACCAGGCUGGCUCCAGCCCUACGGAUGAUGGGACCCGAGAACAUGGGCCGUGUCGUCUCAUCCGCACCUCUGCCCGCUGGAUGCCCUAUGUCUAUAUAGCCGCGGGGCUGGCCGCCGCUCUUGUCCUCGUGACCAUCUCUGCCUUGGUGUGGCACUUCUGCUUCCGCAACAAGAGGAAGGAUCUUCACCGUGGGUCCCUGGACAACAUCCUUGAUGGCGAGCCAGGCCUGCAGGGAGCAGCAAACAGCUCUUUCCGGAGUGAGGAGCAGCUCUGAGGGGGGUCCCUGACAGGCCCCUCCCUGUGGCCUGAAGUGCUUGUGGUCUCGUCCAGUACCUGGUGCACUCUCAGAGCCCUUCUUAAUAGGGUUGGGUGAAGGUCAUAAGGACUGCUGUGCUGGAAGAGGCCAGUGGCCCAUCAAGCCCAGCGUCCUGUUCUCACAGUGGCCAACCAGACGCCGAGGGGAAGGUUGUACGACUGCUGCCACUUACCAUGGUGACAACACCUCUUUUGCUUAAGAGUCAGAGGCUCUGUUGCUUUUGUGGAGUGUCACUUAACUCCAUUGCUUUUGCAGGGGUGACUCGAUUUGCUGCCGCCACUGGGGUGGAAAAAGCAGCAGUUCUGUGCUGUCUGUACUGGAGAAGGUUGUACGGUUGUUGCCAUCUAUCACGACUGUGACAUCUGCUUUGCUUAAGAGUUGUGAGUCACAGACUCCAUUGCUUUUGUGGAGCUUCACCCAGCUCUAUUGCUGUUGCCUCUGGGGUGCAGGGAGCAGCGAUUCUGUGCUCAGUGCUAGUAAACUUGGAUCGGUCCACUUCCACAAUCUGUUGUGUCCUGGGAAUGGGUAGCACAGGCAGAACAUUCUUGGGCCAACACCUGCUACCUUUGGUGGCAGUAGAUAAGACAGUUCAACACUGGUGAUGAUGGGACAAACAUUUAACUGUCAGUCCAGUUGGCUUCUGUACGUGGAUGUGAAGCAAGGUCAAAGAGGAGUGGGGCCUGUGGAACCUUCUGAGGGCCAGAAAGAGAGGACUGGAGGGCCUGAGAUUUCCUAAUCUACAAUAUAUUGUUUCUUCACCUAAUGCUGCAAAAUGUCUUGGAUCAACCCUAUGUGCCACACACCCUAUUCAGGGAGUGGAAUGCAACGAACUUGUGACAUCGUCAUCCCUAACUUCAUGAAUGCCCAGUCAAAUCCAUGUGGUCGUGCGCAGCCAGAUCAAGAAAGCAAAUCAUGCAUUCAGAUUCAAAUUGUUGUUUCCAUUAAUUUUUUUAAAUGGACCUGUUCUAGACUACCAAGGAAAUUCAUUUCUUCUUUUGAAAAGGAUGUCUGGUCUUGGGAGGAAUUGUGAGGAGGCCCCUUUAAGAUGCAGACAUUACGUGAAUUUGUGUAUAUUUAUGUAUUUAUUAUCAGAGUGGGUUUUUUUAACUAAAUAAAAAUACAGAGGUACUAAAAACGGAGGGCUGAAGAAGAAACCCAGAGAUCUCUAGCACUAGGGUUGGAGGAGAAAUCUGAUUCAGUUCACACUUCAAGCCAAAUCAAUCAAAUUUGCGCUUUCUGAAACAACAUGAGAACCGACAUGGUCAGAGUGCUGGACUAGAAACUGGGAGACCAGGGUUCAAAUCCCCACUCUGCCAUGAAGCUUGCUGGGUGACCUUGGGCCAGUCACUGCCUCUCAGCCUAACCUACCUCACAGGGUUGUUGUGAGCAUGAAAUUGAGAGGGAGGAGAACUGUGUACGCCACCUUGAGCUCCGUGGAGAAAAGGUCAAAUAUAAAUGUAAUAAAUAAACAAACAAAUAAAUAAUAAAUAAUU